AUGGAAGGGACCCGCUUACCCAGCCUGGCUCUCAGCCCGAAAAUGACCACCAGGGAAUCGCCCAAGGUCUGCAAUGCCCAGCACGGAGACCGCUGGCCCAGGAGGACUCUCGUCAACUCCGAUAUGACUUUGACCCGCGGAACCCUGAAAAAGUCGAUAAGCUUACCACAUACUGUCUUGGCCUUGCCCGAGCUGGUGGUCCGGUACCAGUGCCUGUGGCCGGGGGACCCGCGGAGAACACCCCCAUCCCAUCUGCUGCCACACUGCUGGACCGCCAAGCUGUUGGUGGCUUUGGACUUGUUUUGUCUGCUGCUAGUCAGUCUCCCCAUCGUGCUGAGUGAGACCGGUUUGCUGGUACCCCACAUCCAGGGCUUCUUUUGCAAUGACACCACCAUCCAAUACCCCCGAGUGGCCCAUUACAUCAUCGAAGACUCGGCACUCAUAAAGAUGGGCUUCUUCAUCUCCAUCUUCACGAUCAGCCUGGGAGAGUUGAUUCAUGUCAAGCGCCUGCAGCUGAGCUCGCCAGCCUUCAUGAGCGGCACUUACACGGCCAUGAUCUACAAGCAGCUGGGCACCUUCAUUUUUGGCGGCCUGGCCAGCUGCUCCCCGACCAGCAUUGCCAAGAUGACCACAGGUCACCUGCGGCCCCACUUCCUGGCCGCGUGCCUGCCUGACCCAGCCUCCUUCGACUGCGAGAGCGGCUACGUCACCAACUACACCUGCACAGGGCACCCCGAGGACGUCCUUGAUGCCAGACGAGUGGGCGGUCAGGGAGGGGAACCCAGGAAGCAUCCCCACCCCACCCCAGCCCCAGCUGAUGUCCACCCUGCCCCUGCCCGUCCCCCAGGAAAUCCUUCUAUUCUGUGGACGCCUCCAUCGGGACGUACUCCAUGGUGUACUUGGUGGCUUUCUACAUCUUGGGCAAUGCCAGGUCCCAGAAGCUCCAGGUGCUAGAAGACCACCCAUCCCCUGCUCGCCACUUUCCUCCUCAUUUCCCCUCUGUAUUCCUCCCCUGAGGGCCCUCAGGGAACCCAAGGGA